CGAUGUGGGCAACUCCGGGUCUCAUUGUUGUGAUGGCUAUUGUCAUAGUAACAGGGAAUGCAAUCACCAUGGUGAUAUUCGUAAAUUCCCGUCGUCUACGCAUGCGUAGAUAUGUCUUGAAAGCUAACCUCGCUGUGGCGGAUUUCUUUGUUGGUCUAGUAUCAGCCCCUAUGUACUUAUACGUAUAUAUACAUGGACGUCACGAAUCAAUGAUAUUUCGAAUUGCAUAUUUUGCACAAGAUUCCUUAUUUGGACCAGCAUCGUUAUUUGCUUUGGCAGCCCUAGCAGUUGAAAGAGCAUAUGCAACAUAUUUCCCCUUCAAACACCGUGCAGUGAGUAGAAUGAAGUACGCUAUGGGUACAGCUGGAGGAUGGCUUUCUGCCUUGAUGUUAGGUUUGCUGAUGAUAGGUUUGCAGCUCAUCGACAAUACCGUUGCCUCAAACGUCCAAGGUCCUCUUGUUGUAGCGUGGAUUCCAGUCCCCCUCGUAACAGUCGUCACUGCCUAUGUCCUUAUAUGGAUAAAGAUGACAUGCACAAAAACAUUGGCAAAUCAAGCCAUCCAGAACAAUAACAAGAAACUGACCAUCUCACUUUCAAUUGUUAGCCUGGUCACUUUGYUUGCUUGGAUACCAUUCACUGCCAUUCAUGUGAAAGCUUUUCUCUGUUAUAGAACUACCCUUACAUGCAAUCCAGUCAUACUAUCAAAUGAAUUCAUAACAGCUGCCAAAUGGCUUCAAUAUGGUAACUCGGUAGUUAAUGUCAUUGUUUACUCAUUACGCAUGCGUGAAUUUAAAAAAAAGAAAUGUUGCGCAGACUCAGAUGCUGCCCAAGCCUUCCAUUGCAUCAAGAAAACGAAAUAUUUGAAUUGCAAAACGUCACUCAUAACGUCGAUCAUCUUGACAAUGACAACAUGAAUGACAACUAAAGCUGUCAAUCCAUGAAAAGAAUGUCGACAUGUCGGCCGAGAUCCAGAAUUUCCAUAAGACAGUGAGAAGUACAGGGCACACAGGACGGGUGCAAUCCAC